AUGGCCUCCCAACCACCGCCAUCACGCCCUCCUCCGCCUCUCACCUCCUCCCCCUACCCCUUCGCCGCCGCGCCCGACAUCAUCCGCGCCCACCAAAAAGACGCCUACUUCCAAGGCGUCCUGACCAACCAGCUCAGCGACCUCCACCGACGCCUGCGCGGCGCGCGCUCCGCCCAUGCCUGGGCCACCGAGACACGCACCUUCGCCGACGCUCUCUACCUCUGCCUGACCACCCUCAUCGGCAACCGCACCCUCGGCGAAGAAUACUGCGACCUCAUCCAAGUCGAAGCCCCCGCUUCCUCCUCCCCACAACAACAACAACCCCACCAAACCCCCGAAACCACCACCGCCCCGACCCCCCCAACCGGCCCCCUCCUCCCCUCCCUCCCCCUCCGCGCCGGCUACAUCACCACAUCCAUCCUGCUCCCCUACCUCGCGUCCCGCACGCUCCCGCGCCUCCGCGCCACGCUCCGCACGCGCCUCCAAACGCGCCUCGCCACGCUCACCCGCCAGGGGCGCGACGAAGCGCGCGACAAGUCCGGGCGGCCGGGCGCCGAGUACCGCGCGGUGCGGUACCUGCUGGCGCACUUGGGGGAGCUGACGAGCGGGGCACAUGUGCAGGCGGUGGUGUUGGCGGUUUUCUAUUUUACGGGGGCGUAUUAUUCGUUGUCGAAGAGGGUGUGGGGGUUGAGGUAUGUUUUUACACGGAGGGUGGAGGAGGAGGUGGGUGCGGGUGGUGCGGGUGCAGGUGGGUGGCGAUGGUGCGGAAGGGGGAGGAGUUUAGGGAGAAGGGCUGCGUUUGGGCCGGGGGCGGAUGUGGAUGUGUCGCUGGAUGAGAAUGCGUUUACGAGUAAUAAUGAGCUGCUUGGGGGUGGUGGUGUUGGGGGGGCUGGUUCGGCGCAGCGGACUCUGGGGCAGAUUGGUGCCAUGGCGCACACGCCGGUUCCGAGGGCGGGCAGGGCGAGGUAUGAUCUGGCGAGUGAAAAGGUCAUGGGGUGGAUCAAGGGGGAGCAGCAGAGAAAGUGCACGCUCUGCCUGGAGGAGUUGAAGGACCCGGCCGCGACGCAGUGUGGCCAUGUGUUUUGCUGGGCAUGCGAUGCCGGGGUCAUGUAA